CAGACAUCAGAGGCGUUAAUAUUUAGGUGUCGUUUCGUUAGGCGUUCAUAAAUAGGCUUAUCCAAAGUUUAUGUAGGCUAAUCUUUGCUCUCUCUCCCUCUCCUCUCUCUGAUCGCGUCUCUCACUCUCUAAGAAUAAGACCAGGCUCCUCCUCUUUAUGUUAAUGUGACAGUAGCAUCUCCAGCUCUGAGACAAGCCUCCGCUCAUUCUGAUUCAAGUAUGUGAUCUGUUUUUCCACACACGGACCCCGUCUACUCUUCUUUCAUCCCCCUCUCUCCUCCUCGGCACGCUCCAUGCACAGUUCACACUCUCCAAAGCGUACGCGUGUGUUCGGCCAAGUUACUUUCUUAAAUAGUUGACUUUGAAGUUUACUUGUUCUCCAGUUCUUGGUCAUGACCACUAUGGCAACUCCUGCGCCUCCGGCUCUGCUGCCCGCAGCUCCACUCGGGCACCACCCGGCGCCAAGUUCCGUGUCUCCGGCCACAAACUCUCCGCCACCUGCGGCCACCUCCGCCGCUUCCUCCCCGGCUCCUCCGGUGGCGCACCCGGCGCUGCUUCACCAGUUCAGGGCGGACCUCUUACUGCCGAACGGGACCCCGUUGAAGAGCGGAGGAGCUCCGGUGUCCAGCAGCGCUAAGCCCGUGUACGCCACUGCGUCGCCCGUAGAGAGCACGCCGCAGAACAACGAGUGCAAACUGGUGGAGGUGAAAGGUGCCAAGCUGGCCUCGUUCACGGUGAAAGACAAGGAGCUCAUCUGUUUGCCUCAGGCUUUCGACGUGUUUCUCAAACACCUGGUCGGCGGGCUACACACCGUUUACACCAAGCUGAAACGACUGGACAUUACCCCGGUGGUGUGCAACGUGGAGCAGGUCCGGGUUCUUCGGGGGCUCGGGGCCAUCCAGCCCGGGGUGAACCGGUGCAAACUUAUCUCCAGGCAGGACUUUGAGACGCUCUACAACGACUGUACUAAUGCAAGUUCAAGGCCUGGACGACCGCCCAAGAGGCUGCAGAGUGCGACAGAGGGCGGGACUCACCACAUGCUGUCUCACAGUGGUCUGAUGCAUGCUGGGAUUAUACCUCCUGCAGAUCUCUCUGCCCUGGCCAAAAAGAUCAAACUGGAGGCGAUGGCCGGUUACCACAGCAACCAACAACAUGGCAGGCCAAACGGAGAAAACGGCGACCACAACCCCGGACUGGUUCUUGAGCAGUUGCCCUUCAUGAUGAUGUCACAUCCUCUGAUCCCUGCCAGCCUGGCGCCAGCCUCCGUUUCCAUGGCGAUGGGCCAGAUGAACCGACAGAGCAUGCUGGCCAGCAUGGCCAACGUGGCGCAUCUCCACGCCAACCCCCCUGCCAGGGCUCCCACCUCCGUCAUUAAGGAGCGAAUGCGUGACAGCCCCUCCCCGUCUCCCUCACUGGAGGAAGCUCAGCUGUCAUCCAAUCACAGCAGCAGUGUGUCAAGUUCACCAUGUCACACAGAACGCACUGCAGAAACUACACAGCCGCUCCAUGACGGCCUGUCGUCAAGUCACAGUGUGUUGGGUCAUUCUCCUGGUUUGGUGCAGGGGGGCAGAGAUACAGAUGUGACUUCAGUGGAAUACAACAAGGAGAACAAGAGGAACCACUCUGACAGAGAUAACACCUCCUUGGCCGCUCAGACAACCAGGGAGAGCUGUGAUAGACAAGUCUACCAGAAACCCCCAUCAAGCAGGGAGGGCUGUGAGAGGGUUUCUUACCCGGCAGGACAGAAGCUCCCAGCAGGUCUUCACCACACUCCCUUCAUCUUCCCGGAAGGCUUGUCCUCCAUAGAGACCCUGCUCACGAACAUCCAGCAGGGUCUACUGAGGGUUGCCAUAGAGAAUGCCAGGGCGCAGGAGAAGCAGGACCAGCUGGAGAGGACAGAGUUGAAGAUGGAGCUGGUCCGAGAGCGGGAGCUCAGAGAGACCUUGGAGAGACAGCUUAGCAUGGAACAGAAAAACAGAGUUCUUAUCCAGAAGCGCCUGAAGAAGGAAAAGAGGAGUAAAAGGAGACUACAGGAGGCCCUGGAGGAGGAGGUGAAACUCCGUGAUCAGGCAGAGCACAGUCUCCUGCACACUGCCAACACACACACAGCUACAGGCCAUCAAUCAUCAGCAGCCCCUCCCCACACAGAGCCUGUGACCCAGGACUCGGAUGGGAACAACCACGAUGACAGCAGGGUGGACACUAAGGCAACAGUACAAGAGGGGAGAGUGUUUCUGCAAACCACUGGGAUGUACUGAAGAGGAUGGAUGGAUGGAUGGAUGGAUGGAUGGAUGGAUGGAUGGAUGGAUGGAUGGAUGGAUGGAUGGACAGAGUAAUGAAGUUUCUUUAUUCAUAAGAGAUACAAUCGACAGGCAUGCUCAGUCGCGCAGUGGCAUCUCCACAUCCCCAAGAGGACCCCUCCCUACAUUUUCAAGAGUGACAUUUGAACUUUCCCAUUGUUCUCUUGUUUAAUUUAUUGCAUUUAUCACCAAAUUCUAGUGGGAAAAGUACUGAUGUUGUGUUUGACUGUGUUUCUUUCAAUCAAGGUUUUUAGAUCCUAGAUGAAGAUGACCAUAGUUGUUUUUUUGUCAGUGCUGUUUAUCUCGACACAAGUGAUGGAUAUAACUUGUAACAGAGUUGUGUACAUAUAUAUAGUCAUCAUUUUUGUUAUCGCUAUCAGGAAGAAAAAAAAACUCAUAAUGGCAUGUUGUACAGUCGGGAAAUGACUUGUAUUGUGUAUGUUAUGCAGUAGUGCAGUUUGACAAUACAAACAAUACAAAUCCUUUUUAUUAAA